GAAAAAAGGCAGUUUUUUUUUCCCUUUUCCAAUUUGAGCACGUCUUCUCUUUUGUUUAUCUACUGCCGGUGCCCGAGUCCACACGGAGAUUGUGAUUUCACAAGAGCUGCUUCUUCCUCGUCUAGAGUAAGAGAGAAGCCGCCGGCCUUCUUCUUUCCCUCCUCCCUCCUCCUUCCUCCUCUAUUCUUUUGCUGCAAUUUUGCUCGUCGUCGUCAAUCUCUUGCUUUACCUUCGACUUUCCUGGAGCUCGGCGGUCGACCUCAUGGCCGGGCGUUACGAGAGAAACCCCUUCGAUGAGGAAGAGGAGGUCAAUCCCUUUGCGCAGGAUGCUGGAAUUAGGGGGAAGUCAAGGGAUUCAAAUUAUGGUGGAGGUCAAUCCUACAUGAUGAAUCCCACUGCUCCUCCAGUAAGUUCCAGGCUUUCACCACUUCCUCCAGAACCUGUUGAUUUCUACAAUGACUUUGGAACUACAGUUGACAUUCCUCUUGAUACAUCAAGUGACCUGAAGAAUAAAGAGAAGGCACUUCGAGCCAAGGAGGCAGAACUAAAUAAGAGGGAAAAGGAACUUAAACGUAGAGAAGAGGCAGCUGCCCGAGCCGGUAUUGUGAUAGAGGAGAAAAAUUGGCCAUCCUUUUUUCCAAUUAUCCAUCAUGAUAUUGCUAGUGAGAUUCCCAUCCAUGUACAGCGAUUGCAGUAUGUUGCAUUUGCUUCAUUACUAGGGAUAGUUGCAUGCCUCUUUUGGAAUUUUGUAGCAGUUACUGCAGCUUGGAUUGCAGGGGAAGGCGUAAAGCUCUGGUUCCUCGCCGUCAUCUACUUUAUUUCGGGUGUUCCUGGAGCUUAUUUCUUAUGGUAUAGGCCACUUUAUCGUGCCAUGAGGACUGAAAGUGCGUUAAGGUUCGGAUGGUUUUUCUUGUUUUACCUGCUUCAUAUAGCUUUUGUGGUCUACGCAGCAGUGGCUCCUCCAAUUAUCUUUAAAGGAAAAUCUUUGGCAGGAAUCCUCGCCGCAGUGGAUAUUAUUGGCGAUCAUGUGAUAGCUGGGAUCUUCUAUUUUAUUGGAUUUGGAAUGUUCUGCCUAGAAUCAGUAGUUAGCAUUUGGGUCCUUCAGCAAGUGUACAUGUAUUUUCGAGGGAGUGGAAAGGCUGCAGAGAUGAAACGGGAGGCUGCACGCAGUGCUAUGAGAGCUGCAAUAUGAAUAGAGGACUUUAGGUCAUUGUUUCACAGGGUAGCAUGAGUUUUAUGAGAAUGGCAUUGAUCGGAAAGAUAGCACCACUGCGCUUCAUAUAGAUGUUUUGAUGUUUCCUCCUCGAAGGGCAUGUAUGAUUUUUUACGAAUGAGGCAUCUUGGCUGCAGUUUAUUGUUUAUAGGAGAUUGUAUGCCUUGUAUAGUCAUCAAAAUCUUUUGCUUUUUGGUUGUAUUUGUGAGCUAUACACUCUUACUCAUGUAUGCAUUUCUGUUAUAGCAAAUAUAUAGAUUUGUAUUUCACUUA